AUGUCCGACACCGACAGUUCGUCAUUCACAGAAAUCUCCGGCACCGACAUCGUCGAGCUGGAGAUAGGAGAGCGCUACUUCACCACUACCCACGACACGCUCGUAAAGGAAAGCACAUUCUUUGCAACCCUCCUCGCAGAUCCAGACAACGAACGCGAGAACGGAAAGUACUUCGUCGACGCCGACGCCGACCUAUUCAAGCUGAUCCUGCGAUUCCUGCGCCGGGGCACAUACCCGCUCUGUUACGACCAGCUGCGCGGACACGAUCACGCCACCUACCACGCCCUCUUGCAGGAGUCGAGAUUCUACGGAAUCGCCAAGUUGACUGAAUGGUUGGAGCAGAAGAGAUACUUCGAUGCGGUGCGAGUCGUCCACACUGCGCUUUGUGACCGCUUCUCGGCACAAUGCCGUGUAGAUGAGCUCCCAUCCGAUAUCGACGUACAGUAUGUCGUGCGGCCGGUGGCGAAGAGCGCAUGUGCUUGUCCUCGGGGAAUACUGGAGCAUCGUGGGCGCGGAGAUUGUGGGCGGAAAUGUUGGCGGAAGGCAUUUGACGAUGGGAAUGCGCAUGGCGCAACAGGGUUCGAUGUGGUGGAGGUUCGGAAGCGGGUUUAUCUUAAUGCUGCAUUCUGUGGUUCCAAUGCGUAG